CCCGCAGCCAAAACGAUGAACGCCAUUGAGGAAGUUUACCCUGUGGCUAGAGCCCAGUCGUUUAUUGCGGUCUGCGCAACUGUCCCCGGCUACUGGUUCACCGUUGCCCAAAUCGACCGCAUCGGGCGCUUCGCUAUCCAGCUCAUGGGAUUCUUCUUCAUGACAGUGUUUAUGUUUGCUUUGGCGAUUCCUUACUAUCAUUGGCGAGGACACAAGUGUUCCAGUGGCUACUGCGUUGGUGACCACGUUGCUUUCGUGGUCAUGUAUUCAUUUACUUUCUUCUUCGCCAAUUUUGAGCCCAACAGUACAACUUUCAUCUUCCCGGCGGAGAUCUUUCCUACGAGAUUGCGAUCCAUAUGUCAUGGGAUUUCCGCAGCAGCUGGCAAGGCAGGCGCCAUAGUCGGAGCUUUCGGAUUCCUGUACGCCACUCAAAGUAUAAAUGCAAGUGAAACAGAUCAGGGAUAUCCCAAGGGUAUCGGCAUCAAAAAGCCCCUUUUAUUGCUCGAUAUAAUCAAUGCACUGGGUUUUCUGUGCACAUUUUUCGUGCCGGAGGCCAAGGGUAAGUCGCUGGAAGAGAUGUCCCGAGAAAACGAAGAAGAACAAGAUGCCAACGUUGUCGAGUUGUCCUACGUUUUUGUUUUAUUGUAA